AUGGUGAAGCGUCUGGAGGCGGUGCUGGCCGCCGCGGACGCCGUGCUCUACAAGCAUCUCACACAGGUGCUGAACGUCGAAAUACCACUUUUUGCUUUCCGCUGGGUGAAUUGCUUGCUGCUUCGCGAACUGACCAUCACACAGUCGCUGCGGCUCUUCGACACCUACCUCUCCGAUGAAAGCCGGGACUGGAGCUCCUCACAUGUGUUUGUCUGCUGCGCGUUGCUCUUGCGAAUGUCCAGCCUGCUUAUGAAUCUCACCGACUUUGCGGUCGCCUUGCACACUCUGCAAAACCCGCCUACGGAGCGGUUGUCGGCGAAGGACAUGAAUGAGAUCAUUUCGGGAGGCCUACAUCUUGCAGUGCCUGUACGCAAACGUGCCAGCAGCGGCGAAAGCAGAGGCAGUGGCGGCGGGCAGCGGUCAAGAUGGUUUGCGGGCUGA